AUGUACCGUGUUGUUACCCAUUCAAAGCAAGCCCGACGACUGAUCCCCCUGCAGCACUCCAGAUUAUUUUCGGUGUAUUUAGCAAGAAUGGCUGACCAAGACAAGUCCGCACUUGACGCCGACAAGGGCUCCGUUGGCUCUCAGUUCAAGCCAGAAGGAUCCAUUGGACAAAUGGGAGAAAAGGUGGGCGGUCCUCUCAGCAGUGAAGGGGCAGUCGGAAAGCAGUUCACGCCCGAGGGUUCAGUGGGUGGUGCCGCACAAUCGGCGGCCGAACAAAUGCAGGGAGACAAGAAGCCUAUCUUUGACAAGGAUGGUGCAGUUGGCAAACAAUUCAAACCGGAGGGAGCCAUCGGCAGCGUUGGUGAGGCAGUCGGCGGCCCCUUCUCAUCCAAGGGUGCCAUCGGAAAACAGUUCACAGACCAAGGAGCAGUAGGAGGCACAAUCCAGGAGAACUUGGGAAGUGGGAAAAAGUAA